AUGGCCACCCUACACUACGAAGCCAAGCUUUCACCACCUCCCUCGCUGCCAUCCAUGGAUUACAAAACACAGCCUCACGGAACGGUUGCGUGCCAUCCGAGCUUGCCCACCACACUGCACAGCGCCGUCCAAUGGGCGGGCUGGCAGGGUGGGCUGGCUGGCCUUCCCAUCCUACCUAACCAACUAUAUUCUAAAAAAUGGGUAUCUCCAUCUCCGCCCUCAUCCCCCUCAUCCUCGUGUGCUGCCUCGUGA